UAGCAUCUCGCAGGAUUAGCUACACCAGCAUGAGGAGGAACCUCAAUCCAGAGAUGGAGUCAUAGAGAGCGUUGAGAUAUGUAGUUAUGUGAGGUGUGGCAUUAAUUUAUCAAUUUCCUUGAUCAUCUGGAUGGAUGUCGUCUUGGUCACGUGACUCGGCUUGUGUGAUUUUGCGGUAUUAUUGGUGAAUCAAGAACAGAGAUCUUUAAAAACUGAACAGAUCUGACCCCUAAUGCAACAAGGGCAAGAUGAUGGAUACCCAGCGUGCCCUGUUGGCGGUGGAGCGUCUGCAGGAGAGGCUGAAGCAGAGGGGCGAUCUGCCCACCGAGGAGAAGCUGAGCCUGCUGAAGAGUGUAUUACAGAGCCCACUGUUCCACCAGAUCCUUAUCAUGCAGGACUCCGCCCACUACCACCAGGUUUCCAGUAAGUUGCCCAGAUCCCAUUCCCUGCGAGGUGAUAUGGGACGUGUUGGCACAUCCUGUGCUCUCAGGCACAGUGAGUCCUACCUGUCAGCCCAGCGGCGAAACGACCGAUACGGCUCUGCCAACCAUAUACCCACCACUCCCAUCAUCACCGAGGACUUCCAGUCCACUAUACAGACCAUGGCAAUGGGUCGGCGUGUGCUCAGUGUGGAUUUUCAGAAGGAGCACGGCGCUCUGGGGUUUGAUUUGGUGGGCCUGCAGAAUCAAUACAAAGGAGGGUCUGGAAUUUUCAUACAGGGAGUACAGCCCGGAUCCAUGGCUCACUGUGAUGGUCUCCGUGAAUCAGAUCAGAUCCUCGCAGUGAACGGGGAGGUGUUCGACUCUACCACGACCCAGCAGCAUGCGUUCAGGAUGUUACAGAGCGCUGUCUCCAUGACCACGCUGACCGUCGCCCGAGGACCAACGGGUGACCUGUACCCACCGCGCAUGAGCCGGGCCGUUUCACUGCCCAAAGACCUCUCGGGCAUCAGCAGUGCUUUCAGUCAGCAGAGGAAUAUCCAGCUAAUCGAGCUGGAGAAUGAUGGUGCAGGCCUGGGGUUUGGAAUUGUUGGAGGGAGGAGCGCUGGCACCAUGGUUAAAUCCAUCUUACCUGAAGGACCAGCAGGGAAGGACGGGCGUUUGCGGACUGGUGAUCUGCUCCUCAGGAUUGGUGAAGUGGACGUGUCCAAUAUGGGCACUGAUGAGGUGGCGCGGGAGCUCCGCCUCUCAGGCUCCAAAGUGAAGCUUCUCAUUGCCAGGGAAACCACAGACAAUGACCUCAUGCACUCUGUUGCCCAGCAACAGGAAACGCAAGAAGGACAGUGUGCUGAGGGGGAUAAAGAGUUCACAGUCAAAGUUACAAAGAACAAAAUGGGUCUAGGCCUCACUAUCUCCAGAUCUAUAGAUCACCUGAACGCAGGUUUCAGUGGCAUUGUGGUGAAGGGGAUCGUGAAGGGCAGUGCGGUGGAUCAGAAUGGACAAGUGCAUAUUGGAGAUCACAUUAUUGCGGUAGACGGGCGCCGGCUUCACGGCUGCAGUGAGGAGCGGGCGAUGGAGAUUCUGAGGUUGACAGGUCAGAGGGUGGAGCUAACUCUACAGAGGAAGUGUCCUCAGAUUGGGUCCUCCAGCGCCUCACAGCCUCACUCAUCGGUUACAUUUGCGUUAGAGCCAAAAACUUCCCCAGAAUCUGGGAGUCUGCUCUCGUCACUUUGCCAAGACCCUCGCUACAAGUCCAAGCUGUCAGAGGAGGAGAAGGCUGAGCUGAAGAGGAAGUGGCAAAGCAGGCUGGGAAAGAAGUACGAAAUAAUGGUGGCCCAGGUGCAGAAGUUCAGUGAGUGCAGUGGUUUAGGGGUUAGUCUGGAGUCAAGAGCAGGUCGUCACUUUAUCUGCACCAUCCUGCCUGAAGGACCACUAGGCCAGUGUGGACUCAUAAGACCUGGGGACCAGCUACUGGAGGUGAACGGGAUACCCCUGAUUGGUGAGAGCCAUAAGGACGUGCUGGGCCUACUGAAGGAGCUUCCCGUGGAGGCGUGUGUGGUGUGCUGUCGCCUGAUGCCGCCCACUCCAGACGACGACGAUGAUGAAGAGAGUGAUGUUCAGUUUAGCCUGAAGGAUCUGAUCGCUGAGUUCUCUGAAAAGCAGACGGAUCAGAAGAACUGCAGCGGGCGGCCGGGGAGAGGUGGAGCAGAGGAUUGUGGGAAGAUGGACGUCCCAUCCCUGUCCUAUCAGGCUAUGUGGCAGGAGGAGAUUCAGGUCUAUGAGCUGCAGAAAGGAGAAGCUGGCCUGGGAUUCAGUAUACUGGACUAUCAGGAUCCAGUGGAUGCGCAGAAGACGGUGAUAGUGAUCCGCUCGCUGGUUCCGGGGGGUUUGGCUGAGAGAGACGGGCGGCUGAUGCCGGGAGACCGGCUGAUGUUUGUGAAUGGGACGGAUUUGAGUAACACCAGCCUGGGUCACGCUGUUCACGUCCUAAAGAGUACCAACUACGGCAAUGUACUAAUCGGGGUUGCCAAACCAUUACCGGAAAAUGACGCUCAGGACACUGGAAGCUUCCUAACCAGCAACCAUUCCAGAGACAGCCACCAGCUCUCCACAGUGCAGGAAAAUUCUGUGCUGCACAGCAGCAGAAUGGAGGCGGGCGCUAAAGGGAGCUCUCAUCAAAGCAGUGGCCUUGAGAAGACCAUCACCGUGAGCCGGGGCAGCGCCAGCUUGGGUAUGACAGUGAGUGCUAUAAAGGAUGGGUCAGGUAUAAUCAUCCGGUCAGUGCUGAGUGGAGGUGCUGUCAGUAAGGACAGCCGGCUGGCAAUAGGGGACGCAAUUGUAGCCAUCAACGGAGAACCCACCACCAACCUCACCACCGCUCAGGCUCGGGCCAUGCUGCGGAAACACUCGCUUAUUGGACCAGAACUCAGUGUCACCUAUGUACCUGCAGCUUUCCUUGACAUGCAUCGAGCCACCAUCCUCCACUUAAAACAGGAGGUUAUGGCAGAUCGAGCUGCUGUCAUCCAAUCAAAGCAGGAGCUCAAAAAGGAUCACACCCAUGUUGGCCAGGCAGUCCAGAAGCAGCAGCACAAAGCAUUUACAAAGCUUGAAAGCGUGUGUAGAGCAGUGGAAGUUGACACUGGGAGAGUAAAUGGAGCAUCAUGGGGGCAGAGCCGGUCACUGUGGGGACAGAAAGAUGAUACGGACAGACGAGAAGAAAGAGAAGAAAGUGUCCCGAAAUGUGCAGUUGGCUCCCGGCAAGCGAACGGACAGAGAGAAUCGGAGAGGAAGGAGGAAGAGGCACAGCGGAGAAAUGAUCACGAUUCAUGGAGUCAACCCCGACGGGUGACGGUGAUCAGGAAGGAUGGUGAGUGUCUUGGCAUCAGUGUGAUUGGUGGGCGUGGCAUGGGGCGCCGUCUAAGCAACGGAGACAUGCAACGUGGCAUCUUCAUCAAACACAUCGCAGAGGACAGUCCUGCAGCAUACAACAGUACACUCAAACCUGGAGACCAAAUACUACAGGUUGGAGGUGUGGAUGUGAGUGAUUUUACUCAUGAAGAAGCAGUGGAGGCAAUUCGCCGAGCCGGAGACAGAGUGGAGCUACUAGUGCAAAAUCCUCAGGUUUCAGACCUUGUCAGCAGGACCGAAGAACAGGGCCUGUUAGAGAGCAGCCACCACAUAGACUCCAAAUGUGAGAAUCCCAGUCUACUCACUCGCCUCUCCCAGUCCAGCCCGUUUAGCCCCGCCCCGUUUAAGCCUACAGGAAACAAGGCGUUAAAGAAACCUCCCCACCCCGUCCCACCUCCCCUAAGGCUGCCCUCAGGGCCCACAGUUGUGGUAACAGACGGACUGACAAUGAAGAACACUCUAGAAAGGCUGAGUGGACUCCCAGAGGUUCCACAGCACAAUGAACUGGAAGCAGCUUCAUACUGGAGCCGUAUGACGCAGCGGUAUGGCAGUCUGCCGGGGCAGCUGAAGCUGGUGGAGCUGGACUGCAGUGGGCACAGCGGUGGUGUGGGUCUGUGUGUGACGGGGAGCAGACACAGCGCCCGCGGGAGGAUGAGCGUGUACGUGUCAGAGGUUCAGGUGGGAGGGGCUGCUGCUGCUGACGGGCGAAUCAGAGUUGGAGACGAGCUGCUGGAGAUUAACGGACAGGUAUUAUACGGCCGUAGUCACCAGAAUGCCGCUGCUAUUAUUAAUAGCGCUCCAUCUAAGGUUAAGAUUGUAUUGACAAGGAGUGAAGCUGCAUUGAAGCACAUGGCUACAGAACCGGUAACUGAGACGGACAACUGUCCCAUCUUAUCCCCCUCUGCUGUGGAUAUCGGUAUGUUCAAAGAAAGCAAGCAUGGCGUCCUAAAUCAGAUGGAAGGAAGGAUGAUACUAGAGAACAAACCGAAGGCUUAUUCCUCUGAAAAGAGCAACACCAAUCAUCUUUGUCCUGUCAACACUUUAUCCAAUCACAGUCCUUCGAGUGGCCCCUCUCCUGCAUUACGCAACUCAUCAGUCAGUCCCGUACCUCUGAGCUGCCGGACCCCGCCCACAUCCCACAACACCGCAGACAACCCUACACACCAUAGUCCCGCCCCCUUCUGUCCCCUGACCAAUCAGGCGGGCGCCGCUCUGCCUGGCUCCUCCUGCUGUUCAUCCUGCUCCAUGAACUCGGACCCCCUGCUGUGUCCCAUCAUGCCCGGCUGUAUAAACACCAUAGAUAUCUGUAAAGGACACGCUGGCCUGGGCCUGAGCAUAGUUGGGGGCUGCAACACGUUACUGGGAAUGAUUUUAAUCCAUGAGGUGAAUGAAGGUGGUGCUGCUUACAGGGACGGGAGACUGACGGCAGGGGAUCAGAUUCUCGAGGUGAACGGUAUAGAUCUGAGGAUGGCGACACACGAGGAGGCCCUGAGCGUCCUGAGGCUGAGUCCUCAGCACGUCCGGCUCUGUGUGUACAGACACCCCUCCACGAACAGCUUCCGCAGCCACGCUGCCUACACUCCUGAAGACAUGUGGGACCUGUUCACAGUGCAGCUGCAGCUAGCACCAGGCCAGGACCUGGGGAUGAGCAUUGUGGGCAAAAGGAAUGAUACGGGGAUAUUCGUGUCGGAGGUGAGGCGCGGGGGAAUGGUGGAGGGAGAUGGACGGCUGCUGCUGGGGGACCAGAUCUUGUCUGUAAAUGGAGAGGACAUCCGAGCUGUUUCUCAAGACUACGCUAACACACUGUUACAGAGCUGCACUGGGUCUGUGGUGAUGGAGGUGGCACGUUUUAGAGCUACUCCACCCUACUCAUUUGAUUGCCAGGCAGGUCCUGUGGAUUCCUCUCUUUUCUUCUGUCCUGACAUUUAUGAGUCUGUGGAAAGGAACGUAGCCACCAGAACAGUCACGCUUCAGAAGAGUACCUUACAGGGGCUGCAUGUGAGUGCCAUCGGGGGUCUCAAGGAGGAAACAGGCCUCUACGUCUCUGCCAUCGACCCAGACUCAUCUGCUGCCCACAGUAGACUCCUGGAGGUAGGUGAUAAGAUUGUUAGCAUCAACGGCAAGUCAACCGCAUCCCUCUCUCACACUGAAGCUCACACCCUCCUGAGAAAGCCCAGUGGGGCCGUCACUCUGCAGGUCAUUUCACACUGUGGCGCUAGUCGAUCGUCUUGGGAUCUGUCUUCAUCUGCUGUUCCAGAAAACUACGCUACCCCUAAUAACUUGAGCUCUCCUCAGUACCGGACUGUCUCUCUGGAGCAGGGCUCUGCUGGUCCGGGCUUCGGCACAGUGGGAGGGAGCUUCGGUGGAGGACGGCCGUCUGCAGUGUGGCGAUAGGCUGGUGUCAGUCAAUGGGCGGAGUCUAGAAGGCAUCACGCACGGACUCAGAGGUUGUGAAGAUCCUAUAAGGUGCCAGAGGCAUAUUCACACUUACUGUACUCCUGCACACUCACACCAAACCCUGAUAAAUAGGAAUUAUUUAUAUGGACAGAUACAGCUCUGAAAAAAAUUAAGAGACCACUUCAGUUUUGCUAUUUAUAGGUACAUGUUUGAGUAAAAUGAACAUUGUUGUUUUAACUGGUUUUUAAUCAGUUUUCAUGCAUCUUUGCAUGUUCUCCUCCACCAGUCUUCCACACUGCUUUUGGAUAAAUUUAUGCCACUCCUGGUGGAAAAAGCACUUCAAGCAGUUCAGCUUGGUUUGAUGGCUUGUGCUCAUCCAUUGUCCUUUUGAUGUUUAAGUGGUCUCUUAUUUCUUUCCACAGCAGUAUAUAGUGUAACUUGGGGAUUUCAUGCCUGAUUGUAAAUAUUCCCUUUAAAUCAGCUUAUAAAAAAACAUUACAUUUUUUACUAUGUCCAGGUGUUUUUAGGCCUGUGUGAAGUUCGUUAAUACCAUGACUAUCCAAUUUUCACGAGACAGGAAUUUAGUAUUGUAAGCAGUGGAAGCUACAGAACACUGCACUGUCCUGUGGGAUGUGUUUUCACACCAUACCUACCAUCCACUGUGCUCCCUAAAUUCAGGGUUUUUGUUUUCUUUCAUUAUUUUAAUAUUAUUUGAAUACUAUAGUCACCCAAACUAUAAAGAAAAAACAUAUGGAAUUUUAUUAUUAAAUAAAAAAAGUGCACCAUCCCCUGAGGUAACACUUCAUGAUCAAUUUUAACAUACAACUGUCCCAUGACUUUUGGCAUAUCUGUGUAUAUCAUAUGUACACUGCUUCCCUCAUUGUGUAAAUACAUGUAUUUUAUUUUAAUUUUAAUCAAUAGGUCUGCCAAAUAAGCUAAUGCAUAAGAAGUCCAUGUACAUAUUUCUACAAACACUGUAAAUAUAUAUAUAUAAUAUUCAUCUCAAUAUUAAUUAUCUGGAGAACAUUUUCUGAAUAGUCAUUUAUUUAUAUUACAGAUUUCUGCUGUUGUUUCUGGUUAAAACUGACAAAAUUAAGUGUUAAUGUUCACAGCAAUAUAAAGAUAAUAAUAAAAGAUAAUAAUAAUAAGGACAGUAAUA